GAGUGUCUCCGGCUUCACAGGAUGACUAUUCACGGCUUGUUUUGGUGUAACUGACCAGCGCUGGGGUUUCAGGCGCAGUUGGUUUUUCUGUAUAAUUUUUUUUUUAUUAUUUAUCGAAAGCGGGAAUAAUUUCGCUGUCACCUGAUACGGGAUAAAGGGUCGACAGCCGAAUAAACCAUGGAGUCCAUGCUCAAUAAGUUAAAGAGCACCGUUACCAAGGUGACUGCUGACGUCACCAGCGCAGUGAUGGGAAACCCUGUGACGCGGGAGUUUGAAGUUGGCCGACACAUCGCCAGCGGAGGACCGGGGAUGAGCUGGAGGAUCUACAACGGCACAAAGAAAUCAACCAAACAGGAAGUAGCAGUCUUCGUAUUUGAUAAGAAGAUCAUUGACAGAUAUCAGAAGUUCGAGAAGGACCUGAUCAUAGAUUCGCUCAAGCGAGGCGUUCAGCAGCUAACACGAUUACGACACCCACGCCUUCUCACAGUUCAGCAUCCUUUAGAGGAGUCGAGGGACUGCCUCGCGUUCUGCACGGAGCCGGUGUUUGCUAGCUUGGCUAAUGUCCUGGGUCAGUGGGACAAUCUGCCCAGUCCUGUUCCGACAGAUAUCAAAGAGCACAAACUUUUCGACAUAGAGACAAAGUACGGCUUACUACAGAUAUCCGAAGGCUUGUCGUUCCUGCACAGUGGGGUAAAGAUGGUACAUGGUAACCUGUGUCCAGAGAACAUCAUCCUGAAUAAGAGUGGAGCUUGGAAAAUAAUGGGCUUUGACUUCAGCAUCUCCUCCAGCAACCCGUCAGACGCAGAGCCCAAGUACGUAUCCAAAGAGUGGGAUCCUAACCUGCCCUCUCUCUGCCUGCCUAAUCCUGAAUACCUGGCUCCGGAGUACAUCCUGUCCGUCAGCUGUGACUCCGCCUCUGACAUGUACUCACUGGGUGUGGUCAUGCACGCAGUCUUCAAUGAGGGGAAACCUGUGUUCCAGGUCAAUAAGCAGGAUAUUUUCAAGAGUUUCAGCAGACAACUAGACCAGCUGAGUCGUCUCAGUCCAGGAGUGCUAAAUAAGAUCCCAGAGGAAGUGCGAGAGCACGUGAAGAUGCUGCUAAGCGUCACCGCCAACGUGAGACCAGACGCAGACCAGAUGACGAAGAUCCCGUUCUUUGACGAUGUGGGAGCGGUGACGCUGCAGUAUUUCGACACAUUGUUCCAGAGAGACAAUUUACAGAAGUCGCAGUUUUACAAAGGCCUUCCCAAAAUCCUUCCCAAGCUGCCCAAGAGAGUGAUCGUGUACCGGAUCCUUCCAGCCCUCACCUCUGAGUUCGUGAAUCCAGACAUGGUACCGUUCGUGUUGCCCAACGUGCUCCUCAUAGCGGAAGAAUGCACUAAGGAAGAGUAUGUGCGUCUGAUCCUACCUGACCUCACCCCAGUGUUCAAACAGCAGGAACCCAUUCAGAUUCUGCUAAUAUUCUUACAAAAGAUGGACCUGCUUCUGACCAAGACUCCGCCUGAGGACAUCAAAAACAGUGUGCUCCCCAUGGUGUACAGAGCGCUAGAGGCUCCCUCUAUUCAAAUCCAGGAGUUGUGCCUGAAUAUUAUUCCCACUUUUGCUAACCUGAUUGACUAUCCGUCCAUGAAGAACUCGCUCAUCCCUCGUAUCAGGAUGGCUUGUUUACAGACUUCCUCUCUGGCUGUGAGGGUGAACUCUCUGGUGUGCCUCGGCAAGAUCCUGGAGUAUCUAGAUAAGUGGUUCGUCAUCGACGAGAUCCUGCCAUUCUUACAGCAGAUACCCUCCCGUGAGCCGGCUGUUCUCAUGGGCAUUCUGGGCAUCUAUAAGUGCACAUUUACUCAUAAGAAGCUUGGCAUCCCAAAAGAGCACCUCGCAUCAAAGAGUCUGCCCCAUCUGGUCUCCCUUAGUAUUGACAACAACCUUAAUCUCAACCAGUUUAACUCUUUCAUGGCCGUGAUCAGAGAUAUGCUGACUCGGAUGGAGACGGAACACAAGACCAAGCUGGAGCAGCUCCACAGCAUGCAGGAACAGCAAAGGAGCCUUAACCUCAACCAAAUCAAUCCAUCAGAAGAGACAAAGAGCAACCCCAGUCCACCCAGCCAAGUUCGAGAUAUUGAUGACAUCUUCGGCGGAAACUCUGCGAACACAGGCAUUAACGGCAAAGAGAACGGCUCCUCCACCGCCCCUUCUCAGCCCUCGAGAGUGUCUCUGACUCUGGAGGAAAAGCAGCGCUUGGCUAAGGAGCAAGAGCAAGCAGCCAAACUGAGGAACCAGCAGCCUCUGGCCCCAAAGAGCAUCAAACCUGUUACAACAUCCACAACUGCACAGGCAAAAGACCUGACCAGCAGUCUCAUGAGCAACAUGACAUCGCUAAACAGUCUCUCGUUGAGCUCUGGCUCUCGAACAGCUCCAAUGCAGACAGGCGCACUCUCAUCUGGCUUCUCCUCUACACCCACUAUGGCUGGAAUGGGCACCAUGGCCCCCAUCAGCAAUGGGUUUAACUCUCCUAUGGGCUUUCAAUCAGGAGGCAUGGGCAUGCGCCCCACCACGCCCAGCCUCUACGGGGGCAUGGCUGGCACCAGCAGUACACCAAACUUCAGUGCGCUCUCACAGAAUCAGAACCAGUCCGGCAAGCCGCCUGACAUGUCCUCCCUGGACUCGCUGUUCUCCGCUAACAAGCCCAAAGUCAGCCUCAACCAAAUGGCUCCCAAACCAGCUGCAGGCACCGCACCGUCCCCCUGGAUCAACCAGUUUGGUGCAGGCCAGGCACCUCAGACUGCACCCAUGCAGGCAGUACCGAUGGGAAUGGCAGGAGUGCAAGGAGGGUUUGGAAUGCAGGCUAACCCCUUCUUCAACCCCCAGAACUUCUCCCAGCCUGCUGCUGCUGCCGCUCCCACCAUGAAUACAGGCAUGCUAAAACAGAGUAUGUCAGUCAAUAACGAUCUGAAAGACCUCUUCGGUUAAAAGGCCGCUUGUUUCUAUCUGCCCAGUGAUGGAAAGGUUAAAGGAGAUGAGUCGAAAUGGACGAUUGUUUUAUUUUUUAUUGUGCUGGACCUUGCAGUCAAUCGGAGGAUGACCACCAGCCUUAACAACGCAGGGUCACGUGUCACACUAGUCUUAUAAGUUACACUUGUUUUACUGUUAUCCCUGUCUGAAUCCUGCCCACUAGGCUCAAAUGUGUUCCUUUUGGUUUGUCCUUCAAAUCUCACACAUACUUUCUCACAUGAAGGCAGAAUUCUUUCCUAAACAAGGGUAAGUCAUGAAUGAAGCAACGGUGGCGCUUCAGCUGGUAAAGAAUCCAAUUUACUUGAACGCAGAAAUGUGCAGAAAUUUGCUUUUUACUAACUUUAUACCAGAAGAGUAAGUAAAUGGAGAAAAAAAAUAAGUGGACUAUGGUCUCUUUUUACUUUACGUAAAGGGCCUUUUAAUUAUUUUGUAGCCUUUCAUUACUUUCAUGAUGCUGCUCACAGUUGCUUGCUAGUCACUGUUCAUAGUUUGUUCCUUAGAAAGUAACACCACAUCAGGACUUUUUGAAUGAUCUAAAUAGACUCUGCCUGGCCAAAAAAAAGUCUCCAGACUCUUAUGAUUUCAUUCACUCAUCUUUAGCCUUGAUUACAGCACACACUGUGAUGGCCAGUCCAUGUGUGAAAAUGAUUCCACAGAACUAAUUAGUACAUUCAGGUCAUUGAUGCAUGAUGAGUGCAUCGCUUCUCACCCAGAUCGCUCUGGAAUAGAGUCAGUCUGGACUCAUCAGACCAUGUGACCUUUUUACAUUCCUACAGAGUCCAAUCUUUAUGCUCUCUAGCAAAUUGAAGCUUUUUGUUUAUUAAUCUUACGAACAAGUGGUUUUCUUAUGGCCUUACAGCUCUUUAGUCUCUCAUCACAGUGUGUUAGUGUGCGACUUUCCCUACUAAACAUCGCGCUGUUUUCUACUGUAGAUUUUUUUAACAUGCAACUUUCCCCAGUGUUUAAGUGAUCUCUAUCACAGAUUUGUAUUUUCUUCUUAAUAAUGCACUAAUGUUGAUGUGUUAAAAUGUCCCUGUUUUCUUUCCACGAUUUAGGCAAAUAUGAAUUUGACCCUUCUCAAAUGUGACUUUUUUUCUUUUCUUUUUUUAUAGUUUUUUAAAAUUCAUUCUUAUUUUUUUAUUUUUGGUCAGGCAGUGCAGAUCUAUUGUGGUAAAGGACAAUGCAAAGAAAAUCACUGCUGUAAAUUCUGCUAAAAAUAGAAUAUCUAGUUCCCUCAAGAUGGAUUUUUUUAUUGCAAGGUUUAGGAUCAUACAUUCCUCCAAUAUUGCACCUAUCUUAAUGGUCCUUAGUAACACUCACUGAGCUGCCUGACUCUGACAGGAUGAAUUAAUCAGCAUCUGAUGCCUAAACGUCUGUCUGAAUUGACGAUUCAUUGCCUUUCAAGUCAUUUUGUGUAAGAGCAAUUAAAGUGAAUUCAAUUAAAUUGAGUGCUCUAAGCAGCAAGUGGAUUAGCAGGAGGAUUAUGAAUAAAAAAUUAUCUCCCAUGGCAUACCUGUCAUAUUACUGUUACUGAUGGGUAUUAUAUAAUCAAUCCCAAAUUACUUGAUUUGUUCCGUUUAAAUUUUAACCGAUGCAUUUGAUUCUAUUCUGUUUUUAUUUCUUUUUUUUAAUAUGGAUGUUGCUGCAUCUGGACCAAUACUAAUUAGUGCAUUAAGGAGGUUCCUUUAAUUGAUCUAGAUGUUCAAUACAAUAUUGACAUUAAAUCUGCGUACAUGAGGUGUGUUUAAGUAAAACCAGGACUUUUGAUGACAAAAUUUUUGAUACAUUAUGAGAGUAAAAACUUUAUUUCUUUAUAUAAUCCCAUGCUCCACUAAUACACUUAUCCCAGCAUUUCACUAGUGCUUGGGUACCAUCAAAGUAAAAAAGUUUUUUCAGUCCUCUAGAGCCAUGGCCUCCCAGGAACAACUUUAAUGCCCUCCCUGGAAAUGGGUACAGGGAUGUGGAAAUGGUUCCUAGCCCUGUUCCUGUAAUUUGCAAGUGACAUCUCUUAUGCAGAUUGGUGACAAGUUCCAUCGAUUUUUCCAUACAUUUUGUACAAAUGCUUUGAUUUUAAAGGAGCUGGAGUUCAUGAGAACAAAUUUCUGUGGCCUCCGAGCCACCUGUCCCGGUUAGACUUGAACGCCCCUCGUAAAAUGCAUCGAUGUCUACUUAACACAGAUUUAAAAUUGACUUUUCCCAGUUGCAGAAUCUCUAUAAAACAAACAAGCUCUAGCUUUCGGUUUCGACUAAUACCAAGCUACAGUUUCGGGUUAGCAUCAGAGCGAGAUGCGAGAUCUGAUGUUCAAUGUGAGCUCAGUGCAUCACUUCCCACCACACUUUCACCGCAACAUUUAGAGAAGUAAAUAAAUCAAGUCUGGUUGAUUUAUUUACCCACACAGACCAGCGUGAUUUGAAUCAUGUAGUAUUUCAGGAAAUGUCCACAUUCACACCCACGUGCACAUACAUACGCUGGUGCUGAUGGGCUGCUUGUACCAUGCUGUGUACUGUAAAUUGGGUCCUGAGAAAAGGAUAAGGAGGAUUUAUAUGAAUGUGUUUAUAUGUGAAUGAGUGAAAAUGUUUGCGAUUGUUUUUUUCACAUAUGCUGGAGUUAUUAUGAACGAACAGUGGGCUAUGGUUCGAGCUUUAAGCUUUUUUGAUUGUAACAGGAGCAGUCCAUGUCCAUGUAGUAGUUAGAGAAAGUCUUAGGCCUGAAGAUCAGGAAAGACUUCUCUAUGGGUAUAAAAUGGGAAUCUGACCACGUACAAAGCUGUGUAAGCCUUCAGUGAAAUGUAGCGUAUGUGUAGGUUCAGUUUGUGUCUGGCUUAGUGUUUGUCCAGCUGAUGAGUGAUUCUGUUUAAUAUGUUGGCAUUUCUCGUUACUGAUUGUUCUCACCGGAGCCAAUGUGACCGUAGCAUUGACACUGAACUGAUUCAAAUGAAUAAAAAAAAGAUAUAUAUAUAUAUAUAUAUAUACCAACCUAACCUUUUAUUUUUUUUAACCAUGACCAAAUAGAUAUCAUAACUGUGUAUUAUAUUUACAUAUCAUAUGAAUGAAAUGUAUAGUAUAGAGAUUUAUUUCACAAUGAGUUUUUUUUUUUUAUAUAUAUAUAUAUAUAUAUAUAUAUAUAUAUUACCUUGGGAUCACUUUCAUAAAGGGGACCUCUGAGUACAAAUGUACAAAAGAUAGAAGCCUUAUGAUGAGAGGUGUGCAAUAAUAGGUCUUGGAAGGGUUUUGUGAAAAUGUCUUGAAAUCAGUGUGUUUUAUCGCGUGCGGUUUUCAUAUACGGACAGCACCAAAUCAAUGAUUACACUUAUAUUUUCUUAAAGCAGCAUUUCCUGUCAUUUUAGAUUUAGGCUAGAAAUAAGUCUUGAGGACAGAAUUUGAGACGAUAUUUCAUUUUAUCCAUUUCCUUUUGAACUUUUCCUUUUUAUUUAUGUGAUCUGGUUUCAGUUGCCAAUAAUUAAUUCGACCUCUAAAUAUAUUUAAAAAAGAAAUAAACAAAGCCUAUUCUUCUGUCUUUAUAUUAUACCAGUGUAAUAUGUGUACAGUGUGGCACUUUUGUGAACUUUGUAUCGUGUUACCAGAUUGUACUGUCUGAAGUUGACAAUUUCAUGAAAGUCAUGUAAAUAUUUCUUAAAAUGCACACGCCGGUGUUCUCUUCUAAGCUUUUUCGGUCAUUUUGUCGAACAGAUUUGAUCGUGUAGAUUCUUAAUUGCAGUGUAUAGUUUUGGACAGAAAAUAGAUUUGAAGAAUAAUCAGAAGGUUAAAAAUAAAGAUCUUCAAACAAAGAGAAAU